CCGUAGUCCGAGCGGCGCAGAAAAGCGACGAGAGGGGGCGGGGCUUGGAGACCUCCUCCAGCCUCGGGCCGAGACCGGAGGGAUGUUCCCUGCUCAGGAGGAGGCCGACAGAACGGUGUUUGUGGGGAAUUUAGAGGCCCGAGUACGGGAAGAGAUUCUUUACGAGCUGUUCCUUCAGGCUGGGCCAUUAACCAAAGUGACUAUAUGCAAAGACAGAGAAGGAAAGCCGAAGACUUUUGGAUUUGUCUGCUUUAAGCACCCUGAAUCGGUGUCUUAUGCCAUAGCUUUGCUGAAUGGAAUACGUUUAUAUGGAAGACCAAUUAAUGUACAGUAUCGAUUUGGGAGCUCUCGCUCUUCUGAACCAGCUAACCAAAGUUUUGAGAGCUGUGUUAAGAUAAAUUCACACAGCUACAGAAAUGAAGAAGUUGUGGCCAGAUCUUCCUUUCCCAUGCAAUUCUUUCCAAUUAACAGUGCAGCUUUACCUCAAGAAUAUUUUUUCCUUCAGAAGAUGUGGCAUGCCUAUAAUCCAGCCCUGCAGCUGCCUUACUAUGAGAUGGCAGCACCGCUUCCUAAUAGCACGUCUGCAACGUCUUCACUAAAUUGUGCUCCAGAUCUGGAGGCUGGACCCAGCUCUUACGAAUGGACUCACCAACAGCCCAGUGACCCUGACCUUUAUCAGACGAAUAAACGAAAGAGGCAAAAACAAACCAGUGACAGCGAUAGUAGCACAGAAAACAAGAGGGGAAAUGAAUAUAGCCAAAAGUUCCAAAAGUGUAAGAAAAAGAAAAGAUAUUAGCAUUAUGUUCACAUGAAAUUUGCCUACCCUGUCUUCAUUUUCUUAAAAGAAAAAAACAAACACCUGUAUUCUUCUCAAUGACCAAUCUCGUGGCUUUCUGGUGUUUUUUGAAAUAUAUAAUAUCACAUCUGAUUUGCUAUUUCAUUUUUGUCUUGAAUGACAAAAACUUAUAAAUAAUAUAACGUAGUACUUUUUGUAAUGGCAUUUUUGACACAUUGUCAACAAGAAAUAUACUUUGAGUUGUUAUAUUUUGGUACUGAUGAUGAAAUUGCAUGAAAUUAUCAGUCAGAAGUCACUCACUGAGCCCUUGUGGAUAAGGCACCCUUGCUCUCCUAGUCUGUUGCCUGAAUGGAGUGGGGGAUUUUCUGAAUGGAACUAGUGCAACUAUUUAGGGGUUUCAUGUUGUUCCUAACAAAGACGGAAAAGUAGGCUUUAGUUUCCUUUGUGAAUAACAUUUUAUUUUUUUAUGUCUAAAUAUAUUCAUUCUGAGCCUUACUUUCCUACAGGUUUAUUUCAUAAAAUGAGGAUAUCUGACAGUGAUACCAAAGGAAAGAUGAUUAUCAUGGGACUAGUUUUUAGAUCCUUCCUUUUUUAUACAAGUGUAUAUAAAUAGGAAUCCCUGCCUCUUUACUUCUCACUUAAUUGUAUUUCAUGAAAAUUAGUUGGCUAGGAUAGUAUGUAUUAUCCACCUCUUUUGCCAGCUGGGUUUGAGAUAGUAUAUUUGACACACUUAAAUCUUGAUAAUGAACAAUAA